UUUGGGAGGAAGCAAGUGCAUCCCGCUCUUCCGGCUGCCUUAAUGGCCGGGUGCGGGGGAGCCGCAUCGCUCCGAGGGGCUUCCAUUCUCUCGCCUGCCUCUCUCCCCAAAUGCACUCUCCGCUCCCCCUCCCCUCGCCCCUUUUUGUGCGAACGCUCUCUCGGCCGAUUUUUCACGCUCCGCUAACUGCCGGCGCUUCCGCGACCCGCGUGAGCUUUGCUGCCUCAUGAAGAUUUAUGAAACUGCAGUAAUAAACUGUGUUUGAGAGAGAUUCUUUUGAUGAUAAAGCCCUGCCAGGCUGCUGGCGGGGGGACCCGAGCGCUCCGCGCCGCCGAGCCCGCAGCCGCUCCGGCCCGGCGCGGCUCCCGCGGGGCAGCGCCCGCAGCGCCGGGAAGGCUUUUGGGGGCCUUUCCCACCCUGAAGAGCAUCACCUAAAGUGUGGUCAGGCUCUGGUGAGCCCGGUGCCUCUGUUCUCCUGGGAAGCAGGCGAUGGCCGGACCCUGCUAGCGGCGCGGGGCUGUGCCCCGGCGCAGGUGACACCUCUUGCUGGCAGGUGAGGAAGAUGGAUGGAUGAAUCGGCAAAGAGAACCGCGUUCCCUUAACCUCCCGCUGCUCGGAGAGGGGCUGGCCAGGAUUUACCGUGGGAUUUUGGCUGUCGUGGGAGCCCUGCGCUCGGCCAAGGAGCCGCCUGCAGCCCCCGCGGAGCCCCGGGGGGCUGCUGUGCCCAUCCCGCCGGAGCAGCUUCCCGGCCGCCGUGGGAGCCGAGCUGCGCCCGCGGAUCCCGAAAGGACGAGCAGCCACAUGAUCUCCGCCGACGAUGCCGAGUACCCGCGCGAGUACCGGACCCUGGGCAACGGCACCCGGCGCUUCUCCAACGUAGGGCUGGUGCACACCUCGGAGCGCCGGCACACCGUCAUCGCCGCCCAGAGCCUGGAGGCCCUCACCGGCCUCCAGAAGACGGAGAUGGAGCGCAAGAGGGACGCCUUCAUGGACCACCUGAAGAGCAAGUACCCGCAGCACGCGCUGGCGCUGCGGGGGCAGCAGGAGAGGAUGCGCGACCAGCAACCCAACUACUGGAGCUUUAAGGUCAGUAUUUCGGAUUUUUCCUGCUUCUGUUUGAAAUGCAUGUGCUUGGCCACCCUUGUCUCAUCGCUGCGUCCGUGGAGGGGG